AGUCAACGGUUUUUCCAAAGAUUGUUCGUAGACUUUCUUGGGCCAUACCCUAGAUCAAGAAGCGGGAACGUGGGAAUUUUUAUCGUUCUAGACCAUUUUUCCAAAUAUGUAUUCCUUAAACCAGUUAGGAAGAUUGACACCAGUGCGGUCACAAAAUACUUGGAAGGAGAACUGAUCAUGGCAUAUGGAGCUCCGGAAACCGUGGUAUCAGACAACGGAUCACAAUUUCGUUCUCACGCUUUUCGGAAAUUGAUGCAGCAGUAUGGCAUCACACACACAUUAACGGCGGUGCAUUCACCGCAAGCUAACGCUUCCGAACGCGUUAAUCGCUCCGUGAUUGCUGCGAUCCGAGCAUAUGUGCGACCAGACCAGAAGGACUGGGACGAACACCUAAACAGAAUAUGUUGUGCAUUGAGGUCCUCCGUUCAUGCUAGUUUGGGAACUUCUCCAUAUUACAUGGUUUUUGGACAGCAUAUGAUAACAUCCGGUUCUACCUACUCACUGUUAAGGAAAUUAAAUUUACUUGAUGAUCGUUCACUAAAAUUCAAUCGCCAGGACUCAUUUGAGAUUGUUCGAGAUAAAGCAUGUAAGCGUAUGUUGGAACAACACGCCGAAAACGAGAAGCGCUAUAACCUUCGGUCUCGAAACGUCUCAUUCGUGGAAGAACAAGAGGUGUAUCGCCGGAACUUCAAACAAAGCUGCUUCCAGACGGGAUACACUGCCAAAUUCGGACCUUCCUUUGUAAAGGCAAGAGUUCGCAAGAAGCUGGGAAGCGCGUAUUAUGAACUGAAAGACUUACAAGGCACACUUGUAGGUAUCUAUCACUCCAAGGAUAUUCGGCAUUAA